AAAAAUCCUGCCGCCAAGCUAACAAUGCCACUUUAGUUUAUAUUUGUUCAUCGCAGCCAUUCAUUGCUCGUUCAGCAUUUUGAUUUAUUUAACUUCAGUGAAUACUAAUAUUUCGAUCCACAUUCAUAUCAUACUGAAACUAGGACCAGUUCUGUCUUUCGGCACUGGACGAUCGUAAAUUAAUCAGAAAAUAUUCCGAUUAAAGUAGAUCAUUGAUAACGCUGAGAAAAAAUGGAUGAUAAAGCAUAUUUAUUCGCCUGGUCGACGACGCUGGCUCUCAGCGUAGUUAUAGCAUUUAUCUUGAAAGAUCUCUUGGUCAAAAUAUCUGGUGUUGUUGUUCGUAUUUUCUCAAGAUCGUUUACAACAAGCAUCCAGAUACAGAGCCGCGCUGGAACGAACACGAAUGUGGUAAAUUGGCUGAAUCAUUUGAUAAAACAUAAUUGCGGUCGGAACUUAUGUCAUUUUCGGAUUGCACGAGACAUUUUAAAUAAAUCGAUUAAUAGAAUAGAGCGAUUCGAUUUUGAAGAUAUGUUUGAGUUGGACGAGGAUCGAUUGGAAAACGUAGAAGAAAAUACAUGCAAUAUCAAGAAACAACUCGACCCGCUGCAACACAAUCAGCGAGUAUUCUUUUUUUACAAGAGAACUUUGAUUGGUGUCACUCGCAAAAUCAUCCCAGAACUUAAAAGCUUCCACAUACCGACUGAGACCUACACAAUCACUGCUUACGGUACGAGAAACAAGCAAAUGUUGAUUGAGAUGUUAGACGAAGCACGAAAUAACAUUGAAAAGAAACCGUCGAAACAAAUCAAUUACUUCAAAUAUUCUUCGAGAAUUCGUAACUUCCAAAACGUUCGACGAUUUCAACCACGUCCCCUGUCAUCAAUUGUUCUAAAGGAUGGAAUUACGGAUGUCAUCCAAGUGGAUCUGAACGAAUUUAUCGAAAGCAGAGAAUGGUACAAAGAGAGGGGAAUUCCGUAUCGUCGUGGUUAUUUGCUGUACGGUCCUCCUGGAUGCGGUAAGACCAGUUUCGUAAAGGCAAUCGCCGGACAAAUCGGCUACGACAUCUACGAGGUGCAGCUCUCGAAUCAACAGCUAACCGAUGAGAGUUUGAACGAUGCGAUGGCAUCAAUCAAUAAAAAUGCCAUCUUACUGUUCGAGGAUAUUGAUGCCGUGUUUGUACCGCGAGUGCAGGACGAGGCAAAUAGUGAAGAUGUCAACGGACUCUCUGGAAAACUUAAGUACAGAGAAGCGAAAGGUUUACUAAGUUUCAGUGGCAUGUUAAAUGCAAUCGAUGGAGUGGCAUCAGAAGAAGAUUACAUUGUGUUCAUGACAACAAAUCAGAUCGAGAAAUUGGACUCGGCCUUGAUACGCCCCGGUCGGAUUGACAUGAGACAAUUGAUUGAUUACCCCGAUGAGCAUCAAAUUAUAGCGUUCUUUCGCAGAUUCUAUCCGGACUGCGGUGAGGGUGUUGCGGAGACUUUCGCCAAAGCUGUAACGAAACUCAAAUGUAAUCCAAGUGUUGCACAGAUUCAAGGUGUUUUCCUGAAACACAAACAUACGCCGGAAGAUAAUCUGCAGGAUGUGGAUAUGCUGGUUGAGAUCUGCAAGAGCAACAAAGAACUGGGCCAUAUUUAUUUUUGAUGUGGAUCAUUGGCCAUGUAUUCUUAGUCAAAUUGUUGAAGUUAAUUAAAUUUUGUAUUCAUCGUGCUCCUAAAUAAAAGGCAAAACUAAUAGA